AUGGACGACAAAACUGGAGACAAAGGAGGUUCUGCACCUCCUGCGAAGAAGCAGAGAACGGGUGUCUUUGGCUGCAAGCAGCUUCAAACGUCUGGGACAGCCAUCCGAAGCCCAUCGCUCACACAGACUACUAGUAGCAAUCCCUUUGUAUCACAUAAUUCAGGCCUGCCAGCUAAAGCGAGCAAUAUUAUCGCCAAUCAAUUCGCACCAAAAGAUUCAGGUAUUCCAAAUAAAGAGACCACCACUGCCGCCAAUCCACUCAUUUCACCGGAAUCGAUCACUAUUGACAGUGACGGCAAUCUUUACCUUGAGGUUAGACAGUCACACAUCUUCCAGGUCGACUCAUAUACGCUCUGUCGGCAUUCUACAGUCUUCAAGGCUAUGCUUACUGGGCCUUGGUUUGAGAAUCAAUCAAAAGAGGGCAAAUGGACGGUCAAGCUUCCGGAGGACAGCCCGCGCGGCCUCGAAGUUUUGCUCAACAUAGUCCAUGGCCGUUUCGAUCUUGUGCCUACAGAUCUCGAAGAUGACUACCUGCUGGAUGUUUGCGUCGAAGCUGACAACCGCGACAUGGUCAAGGAAAGCUCCUCUAUGGCAGCCGAAGAGUUGAGACAGGGACUGGCGAAGCUUGCCCAGAACCCCCCUUGUGCCCUGACUGAGUUACAGGAGAAGCAUUUCGAGGAGAGGGCCAAGCUCCUUGGCACCUAUAGUCCUGAGUGA